GUUGCAGAGGGAUAGCAUCAGCGGACGGACACUGCUUGUUUUAAGAAUAACAAAAACAAACCUGCUUUUCUGCUUAUAGCUCAGUUUCACGUCAUCUGAACGCCUGACACUGAGAGGCGACGUUCGUUAUGAAGUUAGAUAUCGAUAUAUUACUGCAUACGCUGCAGUAGUGUUUGUAAUAUUGCUUUAAUGCUUUUUUAAUCGGGAUAGCUUUGGAGUAUUUGUAGCUAGCUGGAUGGCUAACGCUGGAAGCUACUCGCGUUAGCCACAUUAGCAUCAUCCUGUCAGGCUCAAAGGCGUGGGCGGGUUGUAAGCCGCGUUAAUGUGUGUUACGACGACAAGAGUCCAGCCUGUGCGUGCCUGAAUAACGUUAAAUCAGACAAGGUCGCCAGCGUACACGGGGGAAAACAUCAUUUGUUUGAGCAACGCAGGGAAGUGUGACAGCAGCAGUAAUGGGUGAAGCUCGUCGCCUGCCGCUGUAGCUGCUGCUCGGGCAGUGGAGUCAUGCGUGACUUGAAGUGUCCGCUGUUGAAGAGAAUCGUAUCCACUUCAUAGUGGUCAGGAAGGUCCGUUGUUGUCAGUGAGUUGUUCGGGCGUGUUCACCUGGAAAAUGCCUGGGAUCGUGGUGUUUGGUCGGCGGUGGGGGAUCGCCAGUGACGACCUUGUUUUCCCGGGCGCCUUUGAGCUGUUCAUCCGUGUGCUCUGGUGGAUUGGCACCAUGAUCCUGUUCACUUACCACAAGGGUCACUUUGAUUGUAAUGGGAGAGGAGUUCUCCACAGCUAUGUGGUUGGACUGUUGGUCGUGCUCGCUCUCAUCAUCCUGUCACUCUGUGCUAUCGUCUACGUCAGUGCCCAAGGUACUAUAACCAACCCCGGCCCGCGGCGCUCUAUCCCUGCUCUGGUGUACCUGCGAGCUCUCCUGUACAUCCCCGAGCUGGUGUGGGCCUGUUUGGGAGCCGUCUGGGUGUCUGACGACAGCCGAGGCUGCGAUCCUGCCACAGUGGGCGCCGUCAUCGCAGCAGUGGUUGCCAGCUGGAUCAUCCUGCUAUUCACCGUGUUGGGCGUGGUGUUUGUGUUUGAUCCGCUGGGCAACCCUCGCCCUCAGGCUGCUGCCAUGGAGCCGCUUGGAGUGCGAGACAUGGAGAGCAACGAGGGCACCCAGUUCCUCUCCACAGCUCGCUCGCUGGCCGUCAAGGUGUGGGAGAGCAGGCUGCGGCUGCUGUGCUGUUGUCUGCCGCAGGACGAAAGCCACCGGGCGGCGUUCUCCAGCAUCGCGCAGCUCUUCAGCGGAUUCUUCUCUGACACAGACUUGGUCCCUAGUGACAUAGCAGCUGGUCUGGCUCUGCUGCACCAGGAGCAGGACAAGAUGGAGCAAAGCAGAGACCCAGACCUUGUUGUGGAUCACAGCCCUUCCUCUCCUAUCGGGGAGAAUCUGGAGACAGAGCUGCAGAAAGCGGCUCACUGCAUGCAGUUUGCUGCAGCAGCUUAUGGCUGGCCGAUGUACAUUUACUCCAAUCUUCUUACCGGGCCCUGCAAACUCAGCAGAGACUGCUGUAGGAGCCGCGCGGCCGAGUACGACAUCGUCGGGGGAGACCACCUCGGCUGUCACUUUUCGUCCAUCCUGCACAGCACCGGUUUGCAGUACAGAGACUUCAUCUACGUCAGCUUCCACAACCAGAUCUAUGAGAUCCCGUUCUUCGUGGCUCUGGAUCAUAAGAGAGAGGCUGUUCUGGUGGCUGUCAGAGGAACACUGUCACUCAAGGACGUCCUGACAGACCUGUCUGCUGAAUGUGAGAACCUGCCUAUAGAAGGAGUGUCCGGAGCCUGCUACGCUCACAAGGGCAUUUGCCAGGCGGCCAGUUACAUCUACAAGAAGCUGGUGAACGACGGCAUCCUGAACCAGGCGUUCUCCAUCGCGCCGGAGUAUAAACUGGUCAUCACCGGUCACAGCCUGGGCGCCGGCACAGCCUCACUUCUUGCCAUCCUCUUGCGGAAUUCCUUCCCCACCCUGCAGUGCUACUCGUUCUCUCCACCAGGGGGACUCCUGAGUAAAGCUUUGGCUGAUUACUCCAAAGACUUUGUGGUCUCAGUCGUCCUCGGGAAGGAUCUGGUUCCGAGGCUGAGCAUUCCCAAUAUGGAGGAUCUGAAGAGGAGGAUACUUAAGAUCGUUUCCAACUGCAGUAAGCCAAAGUACCGCAUCCUGCUGCAGGGAUGCUGGUACGAGCUGUUUGGAGGAGACCCGGAUGACGGCCCCACAGAGAUGGACGACAGGAGAGAGGAGGAGCUCAGCCAGCCGCUGCUGGGGGAGGAGUCGUUGAUGAUUCGCCACUCGUCCUCUUAUCAGAGCCUGGCGUCAGACGACUCGCCCGCCCACAAAGCUGCACACUUACCCCUGUUCCUGCCCGGACGCAUUCUGCAUGUCACAGAGGACGGGCCGUCACGGAGAUCCUGUUUUUCCAAGGUCCGGUACCGUGCAGACUGGUCCAAUGAAAUGGCGUUCAGGAGUAUCCUGAUCAGUCCCAGGAUGCUUGCAGAUCACAUGCCUGACGCUGUGCUCCGAGCACUCAACAGCCUGACCAGCGAGAGGCCCUUCUCCCUCUGCCCGUCGUCUUUAAACAACAGCCAGCACAACACAAUCUGAAGCGUGCCGUAGAGACUGACUCCGUGUGUGCUCCUGAGCUGGUAAUGGUGGAAAAAAUCUCCAUGAGCGUGAUUUGUUAACACGCUGGAGCACAAGUAUUUGUUUAAAUUGCACUUUUACUUAUUUAAUUGAUAUAUUUUGUUUUAUUUCCUCUUGAGUUCCUCCAUGAGUGACUUUAUGCCAUGAUCUCUGAAUGUGCGUUGUGUACAAUAUACAGCAGUGCUGCAGUUUUACUGUGAUGUCAGUGUUCUUUAUUUUGUCGGUGUCGGCGUGUGUGUGGCUGGUAGAAAGCUGCCCCCCCCCUCGCUCACCGACGCCUGUCUUCCUUAUCCGCGGGGGAGGACUGACGCUGUGGACGUCUUUGUUGUGUUGUAACUGUGGUUUAGUCUGUCUCGUGUUAAACGUCUUAAGACAUCAGGGUGAACAGUGCCUAUGCAUUACAGAAAAACAAGUCAAUGAAUCGCUUUACACUAAAAAAAGACUAACGAGUGCAGUGUGUUUACAUUUUUUUUUCUUCUGCAUUUUCUACAAUGCAGUUUGGAUAUUUGCAUGACGUUUGACAAACAGUGAUAGAUGUAAGAGGUAGAACGAUUGUACUUUUUGUGGGAACCUGUUCAUUUGCCAUGGAUACUAUUAUCAUGAUUAUGAUUUUCAGGUAUUGUGUCAUAUUAAAGUUUGAAUCAGCUGAUGCCUGCAUAACUUUCACAUGCUCAAUAAAAUGCACUGGGCUCCUUGAUGCAAA